GAACUGACGAGUCAUUCAAUUACUGUCACGAAGUCGAGGACUCUUGGAUGGACCAGUAAUGUCCAAUGAAUGGAGUAUGCGAAUGAGAUAUGGUUUUUUAAUAUGAUUCGACAAAAUUGACACACAGUUUCAUUGAAAUCCAAUAUAAUUAAUAGUUUAAAAUAGUCAAAUGGCGAUUCAAGCAAUCAAGCAUUAAACUUGAAAUAAGAAAAACAUGUCCCUGAACAUUAAAAUAUCAAUGGACUUUUGCAUAAUUUUCAGUGAAAAAUUUACCUAAUGCGCAUUAUAGUAUACAGUAAAUAAAUUAUCGUACAGUUAAUUCAUGAAAUAAAUUUAAAAUGAAAGUGUCUGGCUGCAGAUAUACAAUGUGCAUACAGAGAGACAUGACAUCACAGAGAUGACAUCUGUAGCAUACAAACUAAAGCAUUAUUACAUUGGAUAACGAAACAGUUGAUUUCUUGAACAGAUUUGCGAGUAUAAAAUCAAGUAACUUUAAGUUUGCAUAUAUGCAAAAAUCAUGUAAAAUUGCAUACUUUAUCUUGAUAUUAUUAAAAAUGUUAUCGAAACAUUGAAAUGGAGGCUGAGGGUACAUCCCGGAGGGGUGGAUACGAUCAAGGGGGAGGAGACAAGGAAGAUGACCCUGAAAAGAGAAACUGGCGACCCAUUGCCAAGGAAUACGACCCGAUUAAAAUAGGGAGCAUUAAUGGGAUUGGUACCUUCGCCCACGACAGAGCUGUAAUUCGAGCGUUGGAAGCCACCUACAAACCAGGGGAAGAAAUUCCUGACCAAGACAAGCUGCGAAAGACCUUACUCAUCGCCCAAUUGCCACCACUUGUAGCAGAAGAAGAGCUGGAACGCCUGUUUUCAAAAUUCGGGAGGAUCAAGAGGGUAAGAGUCGUGCGUGACGUGGUGACUCGAAGGUCGAGGGGGUAUGGCUUUGUGGAAUUUGAGAAAGAGCGUCACUGCACGAGAGCCUACGACGAUGGAAAGAGUGCAACCUUGGGAGGACAGCCCUUGACUGUGGACAGAAUCGUAUCCAGGUCAAUGUCGGGAUGGAGACCGAGAAGACUGGGUGGAGGUUUUGGGGGUAGUAAAAACUCUGGUCAGUUGCGCUUCGGCUGCAGAGCCCGUCCGUGGCUAAGACCAAUUUUUAAGAGCGAACGGAAAGUGAGAAAACCAAACAUUUAUUAAUAUGUGAUAGUUUUAUUUACAUGUACUAACAAUUUAUAAAAUAAAUAAACCCCACGUCUCAGACAGA